UAUGCCAUCUCAUGUUUGCACCUUCAGACGUCACUGACCAGACCUCCCAGUCUCAAGCCGAAGCUGAGGCAGAACCUUCUGCACCUGUGAGCUCUCAGAUAAACGAUGAAAACGAGGCUGGGCUUUCAGUACCUGUAAGCUUUGAGACAAAUGAUCCAAACGAACCAGGGCCUGCACCGUCGAAAAGUUCUCAGACAAGUGACCCAAAUGAAGCAGGGCCUUCAACGCCGGAGAGUUCUCAUACAAGAGACCAAGCCGAAGCAAGGCCUUCAGCGCCUCAGAGCUCUCAGACAAAUAACCAAACCGAAGCAAGGCCUUCAGCGCCUGAGGGCUCUCAGACAAAUGAACAGACUGAUGCAGGGCCUUCAGUACCAGUGAGCUCGCAGACAAAUGUCCAGACCGAUGGAGAACCUUCAGAUCCAAAGAGCUCCCAAUCUAACAAUCGAACUGAAGCAACUUUAACGAUUGCAGAUAUAUCUCCAUUGCCCAAAUGUUCGCAAACGAAAAGAUUUGUGAACCGUAAGAAAGGCAAAUUCGGAAUACUGAAUUCAUCUCCAGAUAUAACACAACUAAAAGCUAUUGUAGCUGAAAAAAACGCAGAAGCUUCAAGAAAGUCUGCUCGUAAAACUAAAAAAAGAAUCGUGUUGGCAGAAUCAGGUGACGAAGAAGAACCAUUCGCCUCGGACGAUGAAGAUCCAUCCUGACACGAUAAGCAACCACG